AUGCGACCACGGAGCAUCUUGAAAGCCCCAUCGACGCAAUGUAAACACUUCGCCAGCGACCGCGGUCCACGACCCAUCCCCAUCCUCCCAGACGGCUCCCUAGAGACUUUCACCACCCAAGCCUUCAAUCCCGCCAAACCAGCACUCCUCCCACGUAAACACUUCGCCGACCUCCCCGCGAUCCACAAAUGGUUCACGAAACCAACGCCGACGACACCCACCCUCCUUAACACGCCCUACCUUUCCAAAUUCGGCGCCACGCUCGUCCCGAUCGAAAUCACCAACGAAGCCCACUUCACCCGCAUCCAGCAGUCCCUCUCCUUCUUCCUAGAGUGCGUCACCGCUUCCACCUCCCACUACCCAACAACAACCCCCCGCACCAGCCGCUACUUCAGCGCCUACGUACCCGGCGCCCGCGCUAUCAAACGCACCGCUCCACCCUCUAACGACUUCUUCUCCAGCAGUGCCGCCCUGUCCACCCCUACCGCUCGCGUCUACCUCGCCCAAGCCCCGCUAUGCGACCUCCCCCGUGCUGUGGUGCAGGAUGUCCCGACGCCGGAGGUCGUGCUGAAAGCUGGCAAGGGGGAUGUGUACGAUUCGUCGAUCUGGUUGGGACAAGCGCCUACAUACACGCCGUUGCAUCGGGAUCCGAAUCCGAAUUUGUUUGUGCAGUUGGCGGGGCAGAAGAGGGUGAGGUUGUGUAGGGCGGAGGUGGGGAGGGGGAUUUUCGCGAGGGUGCAGGAGAGGAUUGGGGGGAAUGCGUCGGCCACGAUGAGGGGGGAGGAGAUGAUGGCUGGGGAGGAGAAGCGGGUGUUGGAAGAGGAGGUUUGGGGUGGGCAAGAAGAUGAGGCUGAGUCCUGGGAUGCGGAACUGGAGAGUGGUGAUGGUUUGUUUAUACCCAAGGGAUGGUGGCAUAGUGUCAAAGGCACUGGGGAGGGCAUGACGGGUUCUGUGAACUGGUGGUUUCGAUGA